CUUUCUUAGGGCCUGUCAAGCAGUGAAAAGGCGCUCAGAAAGGUUUUGUACAUAUAAACCCUGAAAUGAGAGUAAGAUGCAGAUUGUUUCUUAUGGGGGGGACGAAGGGUAGGGAACUGGAAAAGAAAAAGAAAGGAAGAACUGACCUCUAAAAAGGAAAAGCGUUCAGAAGAGCAGAGAGGUUUUGUUUGGAAAACAUUUGGGAAGACCUACAGAGACUGAACUGUGGAGUUACAGGAGUCACCUGUGUGAGUGUCUGUGUGUGUGUGUGUGUGUGUGUGUGUGUGUGUGUGUGUGUGUGUGUGUGUGUGUGUGUGUGUGUGUGUGUGUGUGUGUGUGUGUGUGUGUGUGUGUGUGUGUGUGUGUGUGUGUGUGUGUGAGUGAGGGACCAUGUUGGGUUUUGUGAACAGUUUGAUGGUGCGGCACUCCCUCACUUUAGUUACAGGUCUGUUUGAGUGUCUGUGUUUCUCCGGAGCUGUGUUUGGAUGGGCUUCUCUUGUUUUUCUCCUGAAGACGGAGGGCUACUUCAGCUCUCUGUGCGUCAACAGUACAGGAGUCAAUGCAACGCAGGUCUUAGAUUGCAGCGGGCAGGAUGAACAGUUUUCUCUUGUUUUCACCAUCGCCUCCUUUUUGUUCAGUUUUCUGAUGCUACCAAAUGGUGUCCUUUUUGACCGGUUUGGUACUACGGUGGCUCGGCUCUUUGGAAUAUCUCUUUACACAUCAGGUACCUUGAUGGUGGCCUUUUCGACUGCAGCUUUAUCCAACCUGCUGUUCCCAGCUCUCGCCCUCAUGGCAGCGGGUGGCAACAUGUUCCUACUUACCAACUUGCAGGUAGGAAUCUUAUUUGGGUCACAUCGAUCCACUGUCAUCACUCUCUAUAACGGGUCAAUUGGCUCUGCAUCCGUGCUCUUCCUUGUCAUUAAGCUGUUGCACGAAGCUGGCAUCUUUCUACUCCCCUCCUUCCUCUUCCUCUCAGCCUGCAGCAUCAUUCACCUGCUCAGGACUUUCUUCCUGCUGCCCCGAGACCAAAUUCCCUACCCGCUGCCUAAUGACUACACAUACGGGAUAACCUGUGGUAAAUCAAACCCUCUGAGCUUGGAGCAGAUAACAGCGGAGGUCUAUACUCAACCGACGACAGAGGAUGUGAAGGACAUCUCUGUGGAUCAAGAGAAGAGUUUACGUGAGUGUUUGAGGUCCAGGCUCUUCUGGUGGCACCUGCUGUGGCUCUCAGUGAUGCUGCUCAGACAUUACCUCUACAUCGGCACACUGAACCCCAUGCUGCAGCGACUGACAGCUGGAGAUCCUUCACUUGUGAGCUGGUACACAAAUGCCUUUGCUAUAACACAGCUGUGUGGCGUGCUGUGUGCUCCAUGGAACGGCCUCAUCUUUGACAGGAACAAGGGCAAACCUCGCGCUGAAGGAGAGAGUGAACAGGAAGCAGACCUGAGGGCUUCUGUACUUUCUAUCUUCCUGACCGUGCUGCAGUGUGUGUUGUUCUCAGUCUGUGCCUGCAUCCCCUCCCUGCCGCUUCAGUACUUCACAUUUGUCCUAGAGGUGAUCAACCGCUCUUUCCUCUUUGGCGGCAACGCAGCCUUCAUCAAUGUUGCUUUCCCAUUGUGCCACUUUGGGAAGCUAUAUGGUCUGGUCCUGGCUCUAUCUUCAGUGUUUUCCCUGCUGCAGUAUGCCUGCUUUGCACUGGUGAAUGGACCUCUUCAUGGAGACCCUUUAUAUGUGAACAUUGGUGUGACGCUGCUCAUCUUGCUCGCCUUCAUCCAUCCUCUCUCUGUGUUCCUGCACUGUCGAAGUCUCGCCUCCCUGCGAGCAAUCAGUGCCUCCUCAUAAUGUUUGUAAAAUGAGAUUUGCACUUCAAAUCAUUUCACCAAUGAUUAGCAACACAGCUCUGCCAUCUGGUGGACGCUUAAUUCUCGAUUUAGCUGUUAGAUACUGAUAUUACUGUGCCAAACUUAAACAAUCUACUUUUAUGUUUGGAUUUUAUCCCAAAUAUAAAUCUUAGGUGUUUUUAGUGUGUCUGUCAGUGAACGGAUUUCGUUUUUUUAUUUGAAUAUGCCAAAUGUCAUGAUAUUUAUCAAAUUAUACAGAGAUACAAUUUAAGUUUCAGGUCAACAUGUGCAAAGUGCAACAAAAGAAGAGAUGGUAAAGUUGUUGAAAUGUUAUGAAAACUAUUUUGUAUAUGAAAAUAUAAUGCUUCAAAUGGAAUUAUUCCCUUUAUUUAUUUGCCCAGACAUUUCAGAAUCUUUUAGAAAUAUUAUGCACCUGCAGGCAACUGCCUAUACCAAAUGAUACAGAAAAUAUAAAUGUAAUCUGAUAAGAAGAGAAGAUGCUUUUUAGAAACAACAAGGAAAUGUAUGUUGUUUAGUAUGAUAUUCAAAUAAGAAUUAAAGGGAUACAGUAUGAA